AUGCCAAGUUUGUCAUUUGUGUUGCAUGACAGGAGUUUGUACUCAGUGGCUUGCAUCAAUGUUGCUUUGCAGUUGGUGGAUUGGUUCCAUGUUGUUAAGUAUGCCAAAGCUUUUGUUUCUGCGAAUCAUCGAAUUGUGCCUCUAAUUGGAUUACCGAAGUCUCAUGGAAAACUUGUAAUGGUUGGUGCACCAGAUAAGCCUUUGGAGCUUCCUGUCUUUCCUUUACUUCAAGGCAGAAAGUUGGUUGCUGGAAGUGCGAUUGGAGGGUUGAAAGAGACUCAAGAGAUGAUUGAUUUUUCUGCUAAACACAAUAUAAAACCUGAAAUCGAAGUCAUUGAUAUGGAUUAUGUUAACACUGCAAUUGAGCGGCUCCUGAAAGCAGACGUCAAGUAUCGAUUUGUGAUUGAGAUUGGAAACUCUUUGAAACCAACUUCUUAA